AGACCCCGCGGCGGUAACCGUUUGAUUGACGUAGGGAAGAAAAAGACAAGAUCGGAUUACAAGAUGGCGGUCUCUGGAUGAGAGUGAAGAGGCCGUCGUAGUUGUGGUUUCAACGGUGAAUUGUACAGUUAGCAAGCUAGAAAUCCGGCAUUCUGCGGGGAAAAUAAUAAUAAUCGUAAUAUGCUCGUGAGUUAGCUUUACGUUUUAGCACAUUAUUGCAAAACAUGCGGGUAGAAACAAAGUUUGAAGUUCGGGAAUAAGAAAAUAGCUAGGCAACUAUUUGAAAUAGUGAACUAGUGGCUAGCUAACGUUAGAUUGUUAGCUUUUCCGCUCAAGGUAACCAUGUCGGAUACUCGGCGGCGUGUGAAAGUAUAUACGCUGAAUGAAGACCGACAGUGGGAUGAUAGGGGCACAGGACAUGUCUCGUCUACCUUUGUCGAACGACUGAAGGGAAUAUCAUUAUUAGUUCGGGCCGAAUCCGACGGCUCACUUCUUCUGGAGUCUAAAAUCAGCCCAAAUACUGCAUAUCAGAAACAACAAGACACCCUGAUUGUGUGGUCGGAAGCAGAGAACUAUGAUCUGGCCCUGAGUUUUCAGGAAAAAGCUGGCUGCGAUGAAAUCUGGGAAAAGAUAUGUCAGGUGCAAGGGAAAGACCCUGCGCUGGAGAUCACCCAGGACCCCAUCGAUGAGUCUGAGGAGGAGCGCUUCGAGGAGAUGCCAGAGACCAGCCACCUGGUGGAGCUGCCUCCAUGCGAGCUGGCCCGGCUGGAGGAGAUCGCUGACCUUGUGACCUCUGUCCUGUCCUCGCCUAUCCGCCGGGAGAAGCUGGCCCUGGCCCUUAUGAGUGAAGGCUAUAUGAAGAAGCUGCUGCAGCUCUUCCAGGUGUGCGAGGACCUCGACAACCGGGAGGGCUUACACCACCUGUAUGAGAUUGUACGUGGAGUGUUGUUCCUUAACAAGGCGGCUCUAUUCGAGGUCAUGUUCUCGGACGACUGUAUCAUGGAUGUGGUUGGCUGUCUGGAGUUUGAUCCGUCGCUGGUGCAGCCUAAAAAGCACCGGGAGUUCCUCACCAAGACGGCCAAGUUCAAGGAGGUAAUCCCCAUCACGGACUCAGAGCUGCGGCAAAAGAUCCACCAGACGUACCGGGUGCAGUACAUUCAGGACAUCAUCCUGCCCACACCUUCUGUCUUCGAGGAGAACUUCCUUUCCACCCUCACAUCCUUUAUUUUCUUCAACAAGGUGGAGAUAGUCAGCAUGCUGCAGGAGGAUGAGAAGUUCCUAACUGAAGUCUUUGCACAGCUAACGGAUGAAGCGACAGAAGACGGUAAAAGGCGGGAACUAGUGAACUUUUUCAAAGAAUUUUGUGCUUUUUCACAAACCUUGCAACCGCAAAAUAGAGAUGCUUUCUUCAAGACUCUGGCGAAUCUAGGCAUUCUUCCUGCUCUUGAAAUAGUCAUGGGUAUGGACGACUUGCAGGUGAGGGCUGCAGCCACAGAUAUCUUCUCCUAUCUGGUGGAGUUCAGCCCCUCCAUGGUCCGGGAGUUUGUUAUGCAGGAGCCUCAGCAGACUGAUGAUGAUGUGCUGCUGAUCAACGUGGUGAUAAAGCAGAUGAUCUGUGACUCAGACCCUGAGUUGGGCGGUGCUGUGCAGCUUAUGGGGCUUCUACGCACAUUGAUCGACCCAGAGAACAUGCUGGCCCCCACCAAUAAAACAGAGAAGACUGAGUUCCUCAGCUUCUUCUACAAGUACUGCAUGCAGGUCCUCACAGUCCCUCUAUUGGCCAGCACUGUAGAUGAGAAGAACUGUAAAGAUCUGCAAGAGGGGUCCACCAAGAUCAACCCAGUGUGUCCUGAUAAUUUCCAGACAGCCCAACUCCUGGCUUUGAUUCUGGAGCUGCUGACGUUCUGUGUAGAGCACCACACGUACCACAUAAAGACCUACAUUAUGAACAAGGACCUGCUGCGACGAGUUCUGGUGCUAAUGAACUCUAAACACACCUUCCUUGCGCUGUGUGCUCUGCGCUUCAUGAGGAGGAUAAUUGGGCAGAAGGAUGAGUACUACAACCGCUACAUUGUCAAAGGGAACCUGUUUGAGCCAGUCAUCAACACUCUGCUGGAUAAUGGCACUAGAUACAACCUCUUAAACUCAGCCAUCAUUGAACUCUUUGAGUUCAUCAAAGUGGAGGAUAUCAAGUCCCUCAUAGCACACAUCAUAGACAACUACUACAAAGCACUUGAAUCCAUUGAAUACGUCCAGACUUUUAAGGGCUUGAAGGGCAGAUAUGAGCAGGAGAAGGACCGACAGACUCUGAGGCUCAACAGAUAUCGUAGGGAUGCCCGAACACUGGACGAGGACGAGGAUGAGGAAAUGUGGUUCAAUGAAGAUGGAGAGGCUAUUGAGAAAAGCAGGCCUGAGGAAGAGUUCCCAGAGAGCUUUGGAAAGUAUAUGGAAGCAAAAAAAGUUAAAGAGAGUGACAACAAAGAGAACUUCCCAAAGCGGACCCCAACUGGCAGCUUUAAGUUUACCUUCUCUCAUUCUGCAGGGGCUGCCAACGGAACCAACGGUGCCAACUGCAAGCCAGCCACCUCUCCCACCUCCGCCGCCAGUCCCAACGGCUCCCCCGCCAAGUCGGCAACGCCACCCGCCACCCCGGUAGUCAAGGUGAGCUUUCCCUGUCAACUGCCAUUCUAGUUGCCAAGACUGCGAUGGUCGGCCUUGUAGACUACCCUGACGAUGAAGACGAGGAGGAUGAAGAUGAAGAGCAGUCCCCACGGAAACGGCCCCGUCUGGGCUCAUAAGCCAGUGAAGUCCCCUGGUCUUGGUCCGCUGUGCCACUGUCACAGUCCACUGGACAGAGACCACUCCCGCCGUCCUACCCUCCCAGCCUGCUCCUACGCCCCCCUACCUGGCCUGUGGACCAGAGAGGUUGAUCAGUGCCAAGGUUUCCCUGAUGCUCCGGCAGGGACGCAGCACUUCACGCAAACCUCAGCCGCUCUACAAAAGGGGGAGCAGGGGCUAAUGGGGGAGCCAGUCAUGCUAGCAGGACUAGCCGCUUAGUAAUGGAAGCUUGAUUGGCUGACCCCAUAGAACUGUUAAUUUGGGUUGGGUGGAGAGAACUAGGCAAAAUGAGGGUUAACAGAAAAAACUAACCAACAGAAAACAGUUGCUUAGUUCUGAGGAGCAGGACUCAACCGUCGAAGCUGGGGCUGCAUUGCCCAAGCUCACACACACCUACAUCAGCCAGGAGUCCUGUAUUCAUGAGUUUAUUAAAAGUACUGUACAGUUAUUUUUCUUUUUAAUAAUUUGCCCCUUAAGUGAUUUUAAAAGGGUAGAGCUAUACCUGCCAGUGUAUUGCUUUUGCACAAAUGGUGGGAUCACUGUUCACCCUUUUAAUUCAAUGAUUCAUUGUAUAAAGCAAGAGUUGCAAUGCUGGUUUUAAAAUAACAUGUAUUAAACGGCAGUAAAGUCAUUUUUGCAGCCCACUGAGAA